AUGGCAUCAGCAAUUCUUGGAUUAAUCACUCUGAUAUUAAUAAUUUUCGGGUUCUCAUUCGUCAUAGAAGAUACAAAUACACAUGGCCACCCAAUUUAUAUUUUGGAAUUGGAUGAUCUUGUCUCUGCCUUUGACGUUGCAAAUAAAACUAGUGAUGGCGGAAAAUACGAAAUAAUGGUGGCUGCCUUAGACACGUACACUACUAAUCAUUCAAUAGUCUACGGUGUGAUAUUCGAUAUCGAGGAUUCAAGGGACUUUGUAGUGACCAGUUUACUUGAAAUGUUGGACAAAACUAGGAAACUAUACAGUGACAGAAUGCCACUAUACUUGAGUAGUCAAGAAUUGGAUCAUAAGGUGAGAGAUGGUCCUUCACCUAGAAAUUCUAAGCGAACAGCUGCAAUUGUAGUGAACUCUAUUAGGAAAGCUGGAUCCAAUGUGAUUCUGGUGAUUUGGGACAGGAUUAUAUCAAUUUUGGACAGCCCACUUGCAGAUAUUCUAUUUGACCAUCCAAAAAUGAAUUUGUUAUGUUUUGAAAUGGGAAGAUUCCUUCCAGAAGGAUCAACUUUUGAAGAUUGCAAGGGCAGUGCCACUGGUGUUGCUGGUGUUACGGGAUCAGAAUGCGACCACGGGACAGCAUUCAACCUAAUAGAACAAGGUUUUAGAUGGGUAAAUGCUCACAUAGACGAUCACCAACAUGAUGUUGCGGCAGUUUUUUCCUAUUCUGGAGGAUGGAGUUUGUGCAUGAAAAUGGUGAAGAGUUCUUCUAAAUUAAACAAGAGAGAUUUUGAUUCAGACAAAAUGAGCUUUCCUAAAGGAUUCUGUGAUAGUGCCUAUGGUAGUCGGAGAUGGCUUAAGACUCCAGAAAUGGCACCAGUUCCUGCGAGGUUUUAUGAUGAAUCACCUGAUAACACAAGUAGCAUUCGAGCAUUAGUUCAUGACGAACUUUAG